AUGUCAAAGUGCGUGAUAUUAUUUGAUGAUGAUAAAGCACAAUGUAAAACACUCUUGCAUUCUAAAAAGAUGAUGACUUGUUUAAAUCCUGAUUGUCUGACUUAUCCUCAGAUCUGUUGUUCUGAUUGUAUUGAAUAAUUGCAUCAACAUAAAGGAAAUGCAAUGACACUUGAGAAAACCCAAUUUGUAAAUUAAACUAACAAGAAGUAUGCUGAAAUACAAGAGUAAGCUUAUGCUUUAGAAGCAGAAUAUUAGAAUUUUGAAAAAAAGGGUUCCAAUCUCAAAAGGUUAUUUAACGGUGAUAUAGAAAGAAUGAGAAUUUAACUAAAUAAAAUAAUUGAUUCCUUAAAGGAGCAAAUUAAUAAGUAAAUUGAUCUAAGUAUUUCAACAACAAAAAAACAAGUAACUAAUAAAGUUGAAAAGACUAAAGAUGCUCUGCAAUAAUUUAAACCAAUUAACAUUAGUAAAAUCUAUAAUGAUUAAUUAAAACGAUUGAUAACUGCUAUGUGGCAUACUGAUUACUAAUUGGAAAGAGAUCAAUUGAAAAUCUUCUUUCCUAAUUUAUAAGACAAAUUGAGGGGAAGACUAUCUUAAAUAAAUGAUAGUGUGUCAUAAGAAUUGGUUUAAAUGAGUCAAGACUUAAUUCAAGAAUCCUAAGAAUAAAUAUAAUCCUUUUUAGAUUAAAAAACACCAAAUGAUAAUCUAUCUACUUAAAGUGAUGACUCAAUUGUGAAUAAAUUAGUAAAUUUAAGGGAUAGUUUGAAAUUGCAAAUGGAAUAGCAUCUAGCAGCCAAGAACUGUACUCACAAGGGAUGCCAUUAAGUAACUCCUGUUAAGGCUUAUUAUGGAUAUUAUUAUCAUAUAAGUGGCUAUGCUGUAUAAGGGGAAUUGCCUAUUUCAGUUUGUGCCAAAUCAAAGAAAUUAGCCGAGAAAAUGGAUAGAGUAGUGAAUGAUUUGUAUAAAUUGUAAUAUAGAGAUUCUAAGAUUGAUGAUUGUGUGUAGGCAUAUUUUAUAUAUUGAUAAAACUUUACAUCAUUUUUAUAGUUUAUUAAUUGGUAGAGCAAACAGUAGAUUUUGAUUUUUAAAGCAUAAAUUGUCUGUUUUAUAAGAUUUCUUUGGCAAUAUUUAUAUUAUAAAGUAAUUCAAAAAUUUAAAUGAUAGGUGUUAUUUUCGACAAAAAUAAUCUAUUACAAAGGGAAUUUGGUUCAGUUUAGAGAAUUUGCUAAGGGAUUGCUCAAAAGAGUAUAAAAGAUGAUUCAAAGAAGUGAAUAGAGAAAUGCAAUAAGCAAAGCAAACUAAGUGGUUAUGAUUGGAAAUAAUGAAUUUGCACUUUUCAAUAGCAAUAAAUUAUAUGAAUUUCAUAAUAAAUUAAUUUAUAUAUCAUUUUUCAUGGUUGAAUUGUAAUGAAUUUACAUAUUCUAUUAUAGGGAUGCAAAAAAGCAAUUGGCGAUUAGCAACAUAGCAUUACUCAUGAUUGAGAUCGUUCUUUUAACAGAAUAUUCUUAUAUGAAUGAACACCCACAUAGAGAUGAAAGUUUGACUUAUGUGAGAUUCGCAAUUUCUGGAUAGGUUUUUAUGAUGUUAGCAUUUCUUGGAUUGAUUGCAACUUAUCUUUUCACACAUAGAUACAUGAAAUUCGCGAUCAUUGGUAGUCUUUGGUUAGGCUUCGUAUUAGUUUUUAUCGGUAUGAUUGUGGGAGUAAAAUACGUAAUUGAAAUAUAUAUAAAUUUAGUACGAAGAUGGCUAUGACACAAUUGCAUCAACUUGGUGGAUUGAGGUUGGAUUGACUAUCCUUGGCUUUUUGAAUUUCCUCAAGGCCUUUAAUAAUGAACAACAGCCCAACGAGGGGUAUCAGAGAUAGGAAUGAGUGUAUGUAUAUAUAAUAAAUUCUAC